UCGUCCAUGUUUCAUUUUUUUUGGCAUUUAUUCAAGAUCUUUUUAAGGUUAACUCAAGUUUUAUCAUCCACCCCUGCUUUUCAAAGGACGAAGGACCGUGGUGUUUUGAGAUGCGAAAGCAGAUAAUAAAAUAUUAGAAAAAAGAAGGGUUUGUAUAUAAAGAUACAUAUAUACAUAUAUAACAGUAGCGAUGUCUGUUGCAUUUGCUUCGGUUCGCCCGAGAGGGAAAGGAGAAGUGACACAGCAGUCUAUACAAAAGAUGCUGGAUGAAAAUCAUCACCUGAUUCAAUGCAUAGUGGACUACCAGAGUAAGGGGAAAACGGCAGAAUGCACGCAGUAUCAGCAAGUAUUGCACAGAAACCUAGUGUAUCUUGCUACAAUAGCAGACUCUAACCAAAACAUGCAGUCACUUCUACCUGCGCCGCCUACUCAGAACAUGAACAUGGGUGGAGGGGGGAUUGGACAAACUGGUAACAGCCAGUCCCUGCACUCUCAGAGUAACCUGAACGACAGCAUGGCCACCGGAACUCCACCCACGCCGCUAAUUCAAGGGCAGAUAAACAACGGCCCCUGCCACACUCCCAUGCAGCUGUCGGGCCAGACGUCCGUGGCCCCCACGUCUGCAAGCACAGCAGGCAGCAGCCCCGGCUCAGCCGGGGGUCGCAGCCACACAGAGAUGUCCUUGCAGGGUGCACAGACGCAGAGCCACGGCCCGUCUGUGGCCAGCUACCCCUCCCGCAGCAACCACAACAUGCAGUCCAACCAAGUAACAAUGAUGCACCAGCAAGCAGCAGCAUCUCAUUACCCUUCAGCUCAAGCUGGGAAUCAGCACUAUCAGGGAAUGCUGGGACAGGGUAACCAAGGCAACAACAUAAUGGCACAGAGAUCUAUGGGAUCCUUCCGCCCAUCACAAG